GAGGGGGAGAGGAGAAGGGACGGAGGAGAGAGCGGGGGGAUGACUGCAUCAAAGGGAAACAAUAAAAACAACCAUGCCUCCCGUAAUUCAUACAACGUUUUCUAUACAUCAUAACGGUUGCUCUGUUCACCUACACAGUAUGCCGCAAUAAAUGACGGGCAGCCCCGAUAAGUGAGUGCUGGCUUGAGAGAGAUGUCAUCUCCAGGCAUGUGCACCCCGAGUGACCCCCUCUUGGCCAGUCCGGGAGGGAGGUUCCCCACAGCUCAGGAAGGUAUCUGGAGGAGCUCACUCCCCAAAACCGCCAGCUUCCCAACAUCCACCACUCGGCACCUCAGUCACCGAGCUAAUAACUUCCAAAGACAGCCGAAGCGUAGGAAGCUGAUACGACCUUCACCGCCACCGCCCCCCAACACACCGUGUCCCCUGGACCAGCUGGACCUCAGUGAGCUUCCCCCGAGACGAACCUUCCAAGAGCUGCUCUUCAAUGGCUGCAUCCUGUUUGGUAUUGAAUUUAGCUAUGCCAUGGAAACGGCUUAUGUGACCCCUGUGCUCUUACAAAUGGGCCUGCCUGAUCAGUUCUACAGCCUGGUGUGGUUUAUCAGCCCCAUUCUCGGAUUCCUCGUUCAGCCUCUCAUAGGAGCAUGGAGUGAUCGUUGUACAUCCCGGUUUGGGCGAAGGAGACCUUUUAUUUUUGCCUUGGCUAUAGGAGCGUUGUUCGGUUUAACCCUGGUGCUGAAUGGGCGGGACAUUGGAGGCGCCCUGGCUGACACAGCAUCAAAUCACAAGUGGGGGAUUGUCCUGACUGUGUGUGGUGUGGUCCUGAUGGACUUCAGCGCUGAUUCAGCCGACAACCCUAGCCAUGCCUACAUGAUGGAUGUGUGCAGCCCAGAGGACCAGGAUCGUGGCCUCAACAUCCAUGCAUUGCUGGCAGGACUCGGAGGUGGAUUCGGGUACAUUGUUGGUGGCAUCAACUGGGACCAGACACAGUUUGGGAGGUCAAUGGGAGGUCAGCUGCGGGUCAUUUACCUGUUUACGAGUAUCACCUUGGUGUUCGCCACAGCCAUGACUCUGUUGAGUAUUCCUGAACGGCCUUUACCAAAGAGCCAGCCAAACAAAAACUCUAGCAAAAACCAUUUGAAAAGCCCCAGCCUCCCUCUACCGCCCUCUCCCCCUGUUGCCCCCGGAGCAAAUCUGGGACUGGACGAGGAAGAUGAGGACGGUCUUUACAGUUAUAAUUUCUCAAAGUCUCACCGGGGCAAUCCUGACCACAUGGCCCAUUCUUGUAGUGCCAAUGCACGUCUUUGUGCUGGCCUCACUAGCCCCAUAUCGCCCCUGAGCCCCCUCACCCCAAAAUAUGGCAGCUUUAUAAGCAGGGACAGCUCACUCACAGGAAUCAAUGAGUUCGCUUCCUCACUGGGAACCUCCUACAUAGACAGUGUGCUCAUAGACUGCUACACAGGUCAGCAGACACCACAGGGCCUGCCCAGCUCCAACACUGUGCCCCUGCCUCCUGGGGACUCCCCUCCUCCUGAUGAUUCCACGCAGGGGCCAGAGAGUCACCCCGAAGGACAGGCCCAGGCUGACGCGGCGUCUGAUCCGGCCGGGGAUGUCCAGGAUGCAGAAGAGCCUCAGCCUGAGGGAGACGCACAAUCUCAAGGAGCGCCUCAGGUCACAGCCGGGGCUCAGCCCGGUGCAGGGUCACACCGGGGCUCUACUGCCGGGAUCCUGAAGCGACCUCAGAGUCUUGCACUGAUUGAGGAGCCCAUGUCGACCCAGAUUGUUGGGCUGGAGAACGGACGGAGGAGAACAGUGACUUUCAGCCAGCAGGUCGCAAACAUUUUGCUGAACGGGGUGCGCUAUGAGAGUGACCUAAGUGAGAAUGCGGAGUCAGGAGAAUCCCAAAUGUCAAUGAAGCUGCUGUGUAUAGCCAUCUACAGGAUGCCUCCCUCUCUACGGAGUUUAUGCACUAAUCAUUUUUUGGGCUGGCUGUCCUUUGAAGGCAUGCUACUGUUCUACACUGACUUCAUGGGGGAGGUUGUGUUCGAAGGAGACCCCAAAGCGCCCCACGACUCUGAGGCUUACCAACGCUACAAUGCUGGUGUUAGCAUGGGCUGCUGGGGAAUGUGCAUCUAUGCAUUCAGUGCUGCUUUUUACUCAGCCAUAUUAGAGAAACUGGAGGAGCGUUUCUCUCUUCGCACUCUAUAUUUUUUCGCCUAUCUGGCGUUCGGUUUGGGCACAGGCCUUGCAACACUAUCCACCAACCUGUACGUGGUACUGUCUCUCUGUGUCACCUACGGGGUGCUCUUCUCUUCUUUGUGUACGCUGCCUUACUCUCUGCUGUGUGAAUACUACCAGAGCCCUCAGUUUUGCGGCUCAUCAGAGGAAGGGACCAGACGGGGGAUGGGGGUGGACAUCUCUCUGCUCAGCUGCCAGUACUUCCUGGCUCAGAUCCUGGUCUCUGUGGCGAUGGGACCCUUGACCUCACUGGUGGGUGGGGCCCAGGGAGUGAUGUACUUUGCAAGCCUGAUGUCAUUCGUGGGCUGCCUGUACUCCUCUCUCUGCGUGGUGUACCAGCUGCCCCCCCCUGAGGGUGAGCCCACCGAAAGCGAGACCCAGCCACUAUUGGUGCACAUUUAGAAAAGCCUCUUAAUUUACUUUACCUCACGCGCUCACACACACUCUCUCUCAAUGGCUCUCACACUGUCGCCCAGUGUCUGAGCGCGUUGACCUCCACAGCAUUGAUAGUGACAAACACACAGUACACCACGCCGCACACUGUACAGCACAACUUCAUACACUGUUUCACACUAAUCGGCACUGCUCUCCUCAGAGCUAGACAGACAGACAGACAGACAUUGGCCACUGCUCUAAUAUGUGUAUACAUGACCAGUGUGUUCAUACAGUGUGUGUGCCCAUGCAUUUUUUCCUAACUUUUGCAAACCGAGCGUGUGACCUUUUUGAAUGCACGUGUGACUGAGAGAGAGACUGCGAGUGACUUCUCUGAGUAUAGAUUCUCCUCUUGUGUCUGAUUCUUUGCUCUAAAAUCUUGCAUCAUUUUUUUCUCGCUUGUUUGUUGGUGUUUAGGAUAGACGUGUGGAUCACUACUCGCAGGCUAACCACAGCUUCUCCUUCUUUCCUUUCCUUUUAUCAGUUGCCUAACGUCUGCAUGAGCUGCAAUGUAAUCUCUCAAAGCCUUGUGUUAAUGUUUUGUUUUGGUCAUACGGCCAAGGGAAUGUCUACCUGCCUGUUUCUCUGAGUUAGCGUACUAGCAUCACACUGUAGGCAGGACUGUCUGACUAAAACCAAUGUGCUGCCAGUGACUGUUCACACUCACGGCUAAUAAUUCUUCAUUGAGCUCUUUUGUAGCAGGAUUUAGCAGACACAUAAUUAAUACCCUCGUGAACCUAUGCCAGGCUUAAUCACCGUCUUGAAGGGCUUCACAUUUUACACAUAUUUAACAGCAAAUACAAACAACACUUUUCACACUAUCCGGUCAUUAUGAGACUUAACCAGUGUGCCAUCCCCAAAUUUCACAGUUUGGUGCUGGGUGACUCUUAAUCAAGUCCCACAUAUGAUGCCAACUACUGUACAGAGUCGUGACAAAUAGGAUGACACGCACUCGUACACGAACAUUCAGAAAACACAGAGAAAUGUGUACUGGUGGCAAAUUCUGUCUGGGCCCUCACUAAGCCAUGGACAGCCCUGUGAGCUGUCCCUGACUCCUGGCCAUGCCAUUGUAAUAAUGACAGUGAUUCUUGUCAUUGUCAGGAAGAGGAGAAGUUGAAACUGGGGUGUGAAUCAGCAUUCAGUCGGAAACCGAACAAAACAGGAGAAGAGAGGGAAGACUCAUGUGAACUGGUGGACAACUUUCAAAAAGACUGUGGGGGUUCACAGAGCCAGCAGCAAGUGCUUAAUGUCAUCCUUAGGGCGCAUGCUUAGAGUAGUAGGCUUCAGCUCCACCAUGCUCGGACCAUCAACUCAGCAUAGUGAUGCUCUUAUGUCUUAUUAGCCAAGUUCCUCACAGGAAGCAAUUUUCAUCCAAAUUUCAUCCUAAAGAUGCAUUUUUUUAACAGCAAAAUGGUACAUAUGAUUUAUUUUUUACAUCACUGUGCCAUGACAAACAGUAUGCUUUCUGUUCAGCCUCAACACAGGCAUCAGGCCUGACUUCAGGGCUUUAACAAGAGGUAAACUUCAGAAUACAAAGCCUUUCAUUGUGAUGGUUUCAUCGACCGAGCACCCCAUCUUCCUGGUGCCUCUGCAGAAUAUCUAGAAUCACCGAUUAUUAAAGCCUCCUGGACUGACCGGAUGCACGCCAUGCUUACGUUUCCAAGGAAACAGUAACUGUACGGAUCAUGCUGUUGCAGCUUGCUUGAGAAAGAAGUAAAACACAGUUUUUGUGUUAUAUGGUACCACCAAUUGCUCAAUAUUAGCAGUGUUAUUGUAAACGCUACUUUUAUUCAGGGUUCAGUUAAAACUAAAAUGAUCGUUUUG